AAUGCGAAAAGUAAUGCUUUUCCACGACGCAAAUAUUAAUUAAAGAACAAUUAGUCAUGUAUCUGCGAGCCGUAAAUUUGAUAAAACCUGAGUCCUCGUAACGAUUUAAGUAUAGGUUUGGGACGUUUUAAUGUCCAUCAUUUCCAUUUCCAAAGGUUAUCGUGCCGCCAAAAAUUUGGCGCUUUUCUGAUAUAUGUCGUAUAUAUAUAAAAGUUGGACACCUCGUAAAAACACAAACACGCGUUUUUCGCAAAAACCAGCACAAGAAUGGAACUUCUGCAUUUGGCGAUUUUAGUUUGUUGCGUUUACCUGAUUACAGGUGAUCCGAAUUGCGAUAAGAUGGGGUUGCUGUUGUACGAAGAAUUGGGAUGCAACCCGGUCUUUGCUGAAGACAAUAAUUCCUGUCCGAUAAGUUACGACUGCAAGAAAUACGAGCGUAGUCUUCAGCAAUGCACGUAUCAAGGUAGGACGUAUUUUCCAGGAGAAGAUAUAGACAAGGACAUUCUUAAUCCCAGCUGCCACGCCGGAUGUCAGUGCGUGAACAAAACCAAUCACAAAUGCAGCAUUCAAUGCGCUAUAUUAGAUUGUCCCGAAUACAUGGAACCACCACUAGAUUCCGAUUGCUUCUACAGCUAUUCUCUUAACACUUGUUGCUCUGAAAAGAUCAUCUGCGAACCUUUCGAUGGUUUGGCCGUUUGCGAAGUCGAUGGAUCCGAGUACUAUGAAGGUCAGAGAUUCAAUCCGAGCGGAACGUGCAUGAACUGCGUCUGCCAGAAAGGCUUUAAUGGAAAAUAUGAGGCUCCGUUUUGCACGAGAAAGAAAUGCGGGUUCGAAAUCAGGCAUGCUGAGGCUGUCGAACAGAAUUGCGCUCCCGUAUAUUUCGUGAGCGAGGGUGAGGAGGCUUUGUGCUGUCCGCAGAAUUUCAUUUGUCCUCUUGAAACCGAUGAAAUUAUCGCACGUCCCAAUGCGCCGCAGAAUGAUGGAAUUUGUAAGUUUGGAGAUAAAUCCAUCAAAUUUGACGAGAAAAUCGUGAGAUAUCUUUACCAAUGGGGAAAGACGAGAACCGUUGAAUGCGUUUGCGACGUUCCACCUCUAUUAACCUGCACAGCUCCUUAUUAAUAUGAAAAAAAAAACAUUUUAAUUUUCAAUAAAUUGA